AUGAGGGCCUUAGGCUUGCCGGUGCCGGGUUUCAGAGGAGCCUCGCUCACAAGCAAAACUAGUAUAUCGAACGAGAGAGAGGAUGUGACAAGGGCUGAGAUGCUGGUCGAUGACGCCGGGAGACUAGCAGGUGGCAGGCUUACACAGACCCUCCUCGGCCAAUUUGGCCAGAGGCCCCACCGCACAAAGGCGUUCGAGCUGCAUGCAGUGAUACCAAAGGGGACAGUGGAGCACUCUGCUGGGGAAACCGGUCCUUACGAGGAGAUUAUUGAGAGGGAAUUGUGA